AGGAAAUUCAAUUCCCGUCGGUCUUCUUGACCGUCUGCUAUGCAAGCCUCUUUCUCAGAUGCAUUUUGUUACUAUAUUGCCAUCGAUGCUGAUCGAACGUCUUGUCGCUUCAUACUACAUCGAUGAUUAUGAGACAAAAUCCCGUGCAUGGGUAGCCGCCGUAGCACUGACUUCUUCAUUUUCUCUAGCCGUGUGCUACACAACUCCAAUGAUCUUUGGUGAGGGAUCUGUAGGCAUUGAUAGAAUGGUGCUGUUUUCUACCAGUGUAUCCGUCGUGUUCGCGAUCGUGUUCGUAAAGUUGUAUCGACGUGAUCGACGACGACUCAAAGAGACUUCGUCAUG